AUGGAGAAAGUAAUUGACACCAGUUAUAGCAUUGGGUCUCUUAAGCCAGAUUUCGUGAUCUCUUCGCUCUACACAUUUGAUCAUGCCAAGGACACCCCGACUAAGGCCGCCAAUCUUGACUUACAGAACUUGUUGAACACACUCAUCAAUGGGGGAUUUCUUGCUCAAAUUCGUCCAGGUUCUGGUGUAAAUGAGGUUAUUUUGCUCGUCAAAUUGAAGAAAGCACAAUGGGUCAAGAUUUUGAAGAACUCUGAAAUUAAUGAUUAUUUAUAUGGUAUUAAUAACGAUUUAUUUGAUGAGGACUUUGAAAUUGAUGAAGCUGACAGAUUACGUAUAAUCUACAGUUACUUAGUUAAUGACAAAGAUCAUGGCGGUUUGGGAAUUAAGCCUAGAAUCGGUCAAUGGGAUUUUGUUGGGCUGAUUCAACCUAUUCAUGAUGUUGCUGCGAAUAAGGCAUUGAUUGCUAAAUGGAUUAAAACUUUCAAGAUCGAAGACAAUGACAUUGAAACUAUUAAGAACCAAUAUGGUUCUAAAAUCGCAUUGUACUUUGUGUUUCUCGAUACUUACCUUAAAUGGUUGAUAUUCCCAGCAAUUGUUGGUUUAGCCAAUUUCAUCUUUUUCGAUAAACAAAAGUUCAGUCUCCCUUAUACUUUCUUGAAUUUAAUUUGGUCAAUUUUUUUCAUCCAAGCUUGGUAUAACAAGGAAAAAAACUAUUCUUUAAAGUGGAAUAAUAGAAAUGUCGACUCUUCCUCGGUUUCUCAAGUUAGCAAUCUAGACUUCAAACCAAGCACGACUGUUGUCAAUUAUGCUAGUUUCGGGAAUCUUAAGAAUUUUAAAUAUUAUCCUUCAUAUAAGAGAUAUUUGAAGAAAGUGACAUUUGUUCCAAUUAUUAUUCUUUUUGCGGCUAUCUUGAUUACAUGGCAACUAAUUUGUUUUUUUGUUGAAAUCUUUAUCACCGAGCUAUAUGAUGGUCCUUUGAAGUCUAUUCUCGCUUUAGUCCCAACGGUUAUGCUAUCGGUCUUUGUACCAAUUUACACUUUGAUUUACAAAGCUAUCGCAUCAAAAUUUGUUGGUUGGGAGAACCACAAAACCAUGUUGAGUUUGGAAAACUCUAUGAAUGAAAAAUUAUUUAUGAUUAGUUUCCUCACUUCAUACAUGGCUUUGAUCAUCACUUCAUUUGUGUAUUUCCCGGCGGGCCAUAUCAUCAACCAGUAUUUGGAGAAGAUUGAGUUUUUCUUUUUGGACAAAGUUCAUCCAGAUUUCCCAAUUAGAAAGAACCAUUUCAUUAAGAUCAAUCCUCAAAGAAUGAAUGGUCAAUUUUUUUUCGCAAUGGUCACUAACCAAAUCAUUGGGUUUUUCCUUGAAUAUUUCUUACCGUUCGCCAUGAGAUUUACCACUGAAAUCAUAAGUAAUUCCAAAAAGGAAAAAAUCUUUUAUGAUUAUAAUGAUAAGAAUGAUGAAGAAGAAUAUCUUUUUCAGGUUAGAAAGCAAGUUUAUGAGCUCGAUACAUACGAUGUGAAUGAUGACAUAAAGCAAAUGGUUAUCCAAUUCGGCUAUUUGAUUUUCUUUUCUCAAUGCUGGACCAUUGCCCCAUUCAUUUGUUUGAUUGUCAAUGUUAUUCAGUUUUUUGGUGACAUCACUAAGAUUUUCCUUGAAAACAAGCGUCCAAUCCCUACUCGUACCAACUCUAUUUAUCCAUGGAACCAAUUCAUGGGACUAUUGGUAUGGGUUUCAUCAAUCAUUGCCCCUGCUAUCACCGCUAUGUAUAGCAAUUCUGAUGUGAUUCUUGAAAGAAUCGAUGGAUUCAAUUUGAGUAUGUUUGAAAAAUCUGCAGUUUCUAUUGAAACGUGGUCAUUGUUAGCGGUAAUCAUUUUCAGUGAACAUUUGUACUUGAUUUUGACUUAUGCUUUGAAUAUCCUCUUCUCCAAGAUUAAGUCUACCGAAUCUUCAGAAGAUUUGAAAAAUUCGCUUGAGUUGAAAAAGAAAUUUAUUUCCAAGUAUUUCUGCGAAGAAAAUGGCACCUUCAUUGCUGCCAGUGGUGGAGAUGACGAAGCUAAAUGGUUAUCUUGUAAAUCGGAUGACGAAGCCGCCUUGUUGGAAUUGGCGAACAAGGUCGUUACCAAUGUUAAACAAUCCACUAAGGCCAAACAUACCAAGGAUGCUGCUCCUGUCUCUGCAGCUACCCCAGCUCAUUCACCAGUCCCAGAAUCAAAACCAAGGAUUGCCCCAAAGACCGAAGCUAUUAAAGAGAAAAUCGGUGCUUCUGGUGCUAAAGUCACAGAGGCAGUUAAUGAAUUGAGCCAAAGAAAACCAAGCACACCUACUAGUGCCGUUAAGGAAGCUAUGCCAAAGACUGAGCUUUAA